AUGUUCAACCAAGCAUUAUCGCUAGCAAUAGCCUUGGCGCCAUCUACUCUCGCAGCCGCUGGACUCAGCAAGAUCAAUGCUCGGGUUGCGGGUGGCAAUCUCGCCCAGCCAGGAGAAUUUCCCUUCCUCGUUGCCCCUACCCUCAAUGGGGAGCGACAGUGGUGCGGUGGUACCUUGCUCAAUGCAUAUACUGUGCUUACCGCAGCCCAUUGCUCGAUCAACGUCCCUGCUGAGAACGUCACCGUUCGUGCUGGAUCUGUCUGCUGGCAAUCAGGUGGCACUGUCUCAAAUAUUACAGAGAUCAGGAUUCAUCCAGAAUACAGGCCCGUCGUGGGCCAGAACGACAUUGCAAUCUGGCAUCUUGCAACCCCUCUUCAGCCUUCAGACACGAUCGGCUAUGCGAAAGUCGUUCCCCAAGGCUACGACCCGCCCCUGAACCUGAGCGCCAUGACGGCCGGCUGGGGAAACACGGUCGAAGGCCAGGUUGAGCAGGGCUCGGCCCAGCUGAGCUGGGUCAACGUCCCGAUCGUUUCGCGGGACGAGUGUUUUGCCUUGUAUAACUCGGCUACUGAGAAAGAGCUUUGCGCGGGCGGAGAGGAAGGGAAAGGCAGCUGUCCUAAUGACUCUGGUGGACCGAUCUGGAACCCGGAGACGCUCGAGAUAAUGGGCACGGUGCAUUCUGGUGGUGGGUGUGGGCUGAAGGGAAAGCCUACCUUGUAUACUAACCUUGGGGCUUUGAGUGAUUGGGUGCGUUAUAAUAUGUGGUCUUCUUAG